CCGCACUGAAUUAUAACUGUCAAUAUCAUACUACGGAAAGUAGGUCGAAAAAUACCUACCACAUAUUUUGCCACUUGCUUCGUAGUGGCCUGUAUCGACUUUUUAUUCAAUUUAAAACUGUUUAUUCACUUAAUUACCAUCAUGUGACUGACUGCACGGCCUAAAAUAGACGCCAGAUGAAUAAUAAACACAACACAAUACCCUCAAAGCAAACGAUAACAUAAAAAUCACAAUAAUAAAACUGUAUUUUUCAUUCUCACCGAAUCAAUCAAUAAUAACUGAGUAAAAUUAUUUUAUACAGUUGUUUUAGUGUCGCAUAACAGUUUUUAUACAUUAUUAGCGUGGAAAGAAAGCAGUGCUGUGUGUUUACCUGUGCAUAUUGUGAAAUAAAUUAAAAAAAUAAAUCUUUUGAUAUAUUUUUACGUAAUAUCAUAACAGUUUGUGUGAGUUUAUUUGUGACUGAAUCUGGAGGGAAAGCAUGUUUAUUUGAAUGAAACCCCGCCGAACAAGAAUGUACUAAACGAAAAAUAUGAAACAGCGCCAUCUACCGGGCGCCAGACGAACUACGUAAGAUGUUACAAGCGCCACCUAUUGGGAGCGAAACGAAAUGCCACGGUUAAAAUAUGCGUCGAUCGCACGUGUGGUUGUUAUACUCGGCCUCUUCUGCCUAUGGCUCCAGAUCAUGCUGUCGGCAUCCAGUGGGGGCAUGUACAGAGAGGGAGAUUUAGAUCAUGACAUUACGUUACAAGGACUCUUGUUGAACGUUUACUUGACAAAACAUGAAGAGGGUUAUGUAGUAACAACAGAAAAUAUAGUAGAAUCGAAUGGGCAAGAAAUAUAUGAAGAAGAGCUGAUGAAUGCCAACGACACAUCGGAGCAAGUGUUAGCUUUAGUGCCUCCGGAGUUACAUAAAUAUUUGACUGUCCAUACUAAGAAUAAUACAGCAAAUUCAACCGAGAAAAUCUACAAGAAUAUAACAGAUAUUAAGAGGGCGAUCCAAAGAUGCAAUGAAGCCCAACUUAUUCACAACGAGGACAUCUUCGGACCGGUCCAAAAUGACACGAUCAUCAUAGCCAUACAGGUCCACACCCGCCUGACGUACCUCCGCCACCUGAUAGUGUCUCUCGCUCAAGCAAAAGAGAUAGACAGGACUCUUCUCAUCUUCUCCCACGACUAUUACGAUGAAGAGAUCAACGCUCUCGUCAGAAGUAUUGAUUUUACCAAGGUGAUGCAAAUUUUCUACCCGUAUUCAAUACAAACACAUCCAAAUGAGUUUCCGGGGAUGGAUCCAAACGAUUGUCCGCGAGACACGAAGUUUGAUCAGGCAAUAAAACUAAAAUGCAACAACGCGUUAUACCCGGACCUACACGGGCACUACCGGGAGGCGAAGUACACUCAGACUAAACACCACUGGUGGUGGAAAGCGAACAGGAUAUUCAAUCAGCUGCAGAGUACCGCUGGACAUACAGGUAUGGUCGUCUUUCUAGAAGAAGACCAUUACGUAGCAGAAGACUUCAUACACAUGCUCGGUCUUCUCAAGUCUACGGCAGACAAGAGUUGUCCUCAAUGUGAAAUCCUCUCCCUGGGAACGUAUCUCAAAACGUACCAGUAUCACGUGAACGGUGAUAAGAGGAAGAAGAAUUUGAACAUGAAUUACAUACAGCAAGUGAAGGCCGCGAACGAAGAACGAAGGAAGAAGCACGAAGGACAAUCCUGGAAUUUCCAAGUCUACCCCAACUUAUACGGGAUGACGCAAAAGGUUGAAAUAACUCCAUGGCUCAGCAUGCAUAACAUGGGUUUCGCUUUCAAUAGGACCGUUUGGAGCAAUAUAAUGGUGUUGCAAGACCAAUUUUGUGCCUAUGAUGAUUACAAUUGGGACUAUUCGCUGUUACACCUGUCACAGAAUAGGCCGGGACGGGAGAAGUUUAAAGUUAUCAUGUGUAAGGGGCCUAGGGUUUUUCAUAUUGGUGAAUGUGGCUUUCACCACAAGAAGUCUAACUGCAACGCGUCCACAGUUAUAAGCAAAGUGCAGAAGUUACUUCUGAAUGCUAAGCCGUACAUGUUCCCGACGCGGGUGAGCGCGACCGUCACCGCCGGCGGUGCGAAGCAUAAUAAGAAGUUGGUGAAGGGAAACGGAGGGUGGGGUGAUAUUAGAGAUCAAGAGUUAUGUGCAAAUAUGACAAGAAUUGGACGACAAGCGAGAAAAAACAUAUACUAUGCAUAACAAAAAUACAUUCCAAAAAACCUUUUUGUAUAAUAAUUGGCCAAACAUACCAAUAUUGGUCACACAUGGCCAUCCAUGUACAAAUUAUAGUGAAUUAAAGAAAUAUUGGCCACAUAAUUGUACCAAUAUUGGCCGGUGAUUACCAUCCUAUAUUAGGGAUGAUGACUGGGUAU